GAGACCGCGCGAUGGCGCUACCAUUUGGUUCGCCAGAAUCUGUGAGCUGCUCAGCCGCGAGCAGGUCGGGCACUGGACGCGGCAUAUGGAGGAGGGUUGCGACGCGGCGAUGGCAGGGAACUCCUUCCUGCGUGAGGCCAUGGUUCGGGCGCUAGGCGACGAGACCUCGCAGGAGCUGGGUUCGCACUCUGCGAACGCGCUGGUGGAUGUCAACAGUUUCCAUGGCUCGCUGCUGUUCGCCAAGGUGGUCAGGCGCGCGGCGGAGCACGGCUUCUUGCCGAAGGUCCUAGCCCUGGCGAUGCUCCUCCACCUCGCCCCAAGAAUGUUGAAGGAGAUGGAUGCGCGCAGCUUGCCGCUGUGCGCUAUGAGGAGCUUGCUCGCAGGCUCCAGGCACAGCAACAACCUGGCCAGGACGCUGGUGUACCACGUGGCCAGCCAGCUGUCCAGCAAAGUGCAGGAGAUGCAGCCCAGGACGUGGUUCGACGACAUCGGGCUGCGUGCGGCUGCGAAGACCUUGAAGAAGGAGCGGGCGGUGGAAGGACCCACGGUGGCGAGCAAGUCUGUUAUCUUCACGACGGACUUCUGCACGACGAAGCAGGCGGCGAGGGAGUUCAGAUAUGCAGGAGUCACACUGAAG